GAUUAUUUUAUACAGUGAAUUUAUAGCUAUUUCCACAAUGGCUAACAAAUUGAUGGCCAUAUUAGUUUUCUUCCUGGCCAUGGUUUGCUCGAGUUUGAAUGUGGGGAGUGAACUAGGAGUGCCUGCAGUUUACAUAUUUGGGGAUUCCACUUUUGAUGUUGGUACCAACAGUUUCUUGUCAUAUUCAUCAUCUAGGGCAGAUAUGCAAUUUUAUGGGAUUGAUUUUCCAUUCUCAAAGCCAACCGGGAGGUUUAGCAAUGGCUACAACACCGCGGAUCGUAUUGUGAACUUUCUAGGAUACACCGAGAGCCCACUACCGUUUUUGUAUCUUGUCCAAAAUGACACACAACAUUUCAAGAGGGAAAUCCUUAAAGGUGUCAAUUUUGCUUCAGGAGGAUCUGGUCUUCAGCACCAAACUGGAAGACGGUUUAAUAGGGUUAUACCCAUCGCAGAACAGAUCCAGCAGUUCAAAACUGUUAUCAGCAACAUCUCAGUGUGUCUAAAUGACACAAGAAUUAACAAAUCUUUCUUCCUUAUUAGUGUGGGAAGCAAUGAUAUAUUUGAGUUCUUUGAUAAUUUGAGUAAGUCCAAUCCCAGCAAUAUCACACUGGAAGUACCAGAAUUCUUGGUCAAUCUAAUGAACAACUACGAAGCUCAUCUCAAGAGUCUACUGAACCUUGGAGCCAGAAAAUUUGGCAUAUUAAGUGUUCCUCCUCUGGGUUGCGUACCGAUUCUGCGUUCCAACGCGAGUGAUGGUAAGUGUCUGGAGGGGCUCAACGCCAUUGCUCGACUCUUCCACACAGCGUUGGGUGCUGUGCUGCGAAAUUUGAACUCAGAGUUCCUAAACAUGAAGUACUCACUUGCAAAUACAUAUGACAUCACCUGUAGCAUGAUAGAUAAUCCUACUCUAUUUGGUUUGCAAGAUGUAAAAUCAGCUUGCUGCGGAAAUCAAACGCUCUCUGGCGGUACACCCUGCAGCCCUGAUGCUGAAGUAUGCGAAAAUCGCAACCUAUUUCUGUUCUGGGACCAGUACCAUCCCACAGAUUAUGUAGCUACUUUAGCUGCCUUCAGUGUCUAUAGUGGUGGAACUGAAUAUGUAGCGCCCAUGAAUUUCAGUGUGUUGUUUCAAGAGUAGCCUUUCCUGUUGUCUGAUUAAGAGUAAGACCAUGAGGACAAGUUUGUUAACAUCAUAUUAUCACUUUAAUUUCUUCAGCAGUUGGAUGUUAUUGUCCAUAACUCUGUCCCAAUCUAUGAUAAUUG